AUCACCACCCGCUGUCACUUCUCAGUCCCACGCUGCACACUUGUAAAUAAACGCACUGGUGGGCGCGAUUUCUCAUUCACCUGCAGUCUGCCUUACCAACCCAUGUAACAACUUGCUUUCUGUGAACAACAUGUAAGAAUCAUCAGUGAUAUUUCACGAGACACAAUGUAUUCAAUAAUAGAGUACAAAGGAUUGAAAAGUGGUUACCGAUGUGGAUACUGUGGCUUCGACGACGGCAAAGUUUCAUUUGGGAUGUGGUCCCACGCCUUGACUGUGCAGGACUACCAGGACCUCAUAGACAGAGGCUGGAGGAGGAGUGGGAAGUACAUCUACAAACCUAUAAUGAAUCAAACCUGCUGUCCCCAGUACACAAUAAGGUGUGAUUCUAUAAACUUCCAGCCUUCCAAACCUCAGAAGAAGAUCUUAAAGAAAAUGGGGAAAUAUCUGUGCAAAGGAGAGCUUCCCAAGCCUCCCAGCGACGGUGAACUGAUGGACUCCCUCUGUGAAGAUGCUGGGUCCUGUGAUGCUCCGGUCCCAUGCGGAUCAGAAGUGAGUGUGUCUGUGGAGGGGCCUGUAGAAACUGUAAAAUCUGCUGGACCAGGAGAGAAGACAGGCAGGGAGGAAUCGGGGCAGUCAACACAGCAGAGCAGAGAGCAGACAGCCCCUCCCAAACCCGGACUUGGUGCUGAUCCAAGCAGACCACCCUGUCGCAAGGCAAAGGAGGUUCGCAAGGAGAGAAAACUGCAGAAAGAGCUUCAGAAACAGAGUGGGAGGGAAGCAGGGAGCGCCAGCCUCCCACAGACCGAGGCAGCCAGACCCUCACCUCCGUCCAAAACCAUUGAGGAGUUAAUAGCAGAGUCCUUACCUGCCGAUGCAGUGUAUAAACUGGAGGUGAGGUUAGUGCCUGUCUGCUUUGAUGAUCCCGAAUUCACUGCAACAUACAGCCAGUCUGCUGCACUGUACGCCAAAUAUCAGACGGCCAUACAUAAGGACACCCCCUCGGAAUGCUCUGAAUCGCAGUUCAGAAGAUUCCUCUGCGACUCCCCUCUGGAGGCAGAGAACCCCUCCGAUGGGCCGGACUGUGGCUACGGCUCCUUCCACCAGCAGUACUGUCUGAACGGGAAGAUCAUCGCUGUGGGUGUGAUUGACAUCCUUCCUGCCUGUGUCUCCUCUGUGUACCUGUACUAUGACCCGGACUACUCAGGGAUGUCUCUUGGAGUCUACUCAGCGCUAAGGGAACUCGCUUUCACCAGGCAGCUUCACAAGAAAGCCCCCAGGCUGCGCUACUACUACAUGGGGUUUUACAUCCACUCCUGCCCAAAAAUGAGAUACAAGGGUCAGUACCGGCCCUCUGACCUGCUGUGUCCGGAGACGUAUGUCUGGGUCCCCAUCGAGCGCUGCCUGCCCAAACUCGACCUGACCAGAUACAGCCGCUUCAAUGAGGCUCCCGAAGCAGGUAGGCUUAAUUGGCGAAGAGGGUGGUUUUAAUGAUCCGACUACAUU